GUCGGGUUUCCUCAUCGACAUUGUGACAACUGAAUUUAAUAUAACCGACUUAAUAGAAAAUUUGGGAUUUUAACCAUCGGUGGUUCAUCUUUGUAGGAUUGAGCGCGGUUCAGUUAUAGUCAAGAUGGAUUCUGUAACAACGCUAUCUUUGUUACAACCAGUAAAAUGCACAUUCUCAGAGAGUUAUGGUAGCACAUUGAAAUGUACUCUCUACUUCUAUAUUGCAAUUUCAACCAGUCUUUCUUUUAUGUGACUUGAUAUUAUGUGAUAACCCACGUAUCUAAGUGCUAGUUGACAAGUUAAUUCAAUGAAAGCGAUGCCAGAAGUCAGAGGAGUGAUUUAUUUUUUCGAACAGGCGACUCAAGUUUUCGAGAGAAGUUGGAGGAAACAUCGCUGAUGAGAGAAAAACUGCAAGACUCGAAGGAAGUGAAGAGGAAGAAAAUGCGGUAAUAGGAGUAGAACGGGUGGAGGACCGGGAAGAGGAACAUGAGGAAAAUCAUUCAUCAUCGGGGCCCGAGGAUCGAGGAGAUGAGGGAGUGGCAACGGUGGGGAAACAGGGAACUGAGAGAGAAAAGUGAGCAAGAGGGCAGGGAGAACAUGGAUAAGGAAUCGGACAUGGAUGGAGGUGAAUCAAGAGAGGGAGAGCGGGCUAAGGAACGGGAAGACGGGAUAAUUGAGGAUGUGGGACAGCAGGAGUUAGGAACUAAGGGACUCGAGAACGAACGAAAUAUUGAGCCAUCGAUGAAGAAGCGGAGGAAGAGGAGAUCUCCGGAAGAAUUGGCCAUUGAAGAAUAUAAUAAAUUUUGUAGUCCGUGCUAUAUGAAAGUAGCGAUGAAUAAAUAGUUUUUGUUGGAUUUUA